UUUUCUGCAGGCAGUGAGAGCGUCAUCUUUCUUUCCCCUUCGAUCCCCCACUCUUCCUCUCUUAAAUUCGCCCCUUUUUCCGCUCCAAUCUCUCUCUCUCCUGUUCCAUCAACCACACUGGUAUUCCUCCUUUAUCUCUUCCUGCUCUUUGUCACUCCUCAGGCAUCAAGCCCCCAUUUCCCUUCUCCAAAACUUCCAAUCCCUCACUUCGAACUUAACUCCUCAGUCACCAUGGGCAAAAAAGCCAUCCAGUUCGGAGGCGGCAACAUAGGCCGUGGCUUCGUCGCAGAGUUCCUUCACACUGCAGGCUACGAAGUCGUCUUUGUUGAUGUCAUGGAGAAUGUCAUAGACGCGCUCCAGCAGAACAAGUCGUACGAGGUCACCGAGGUCAGCGAAAAGGGUGAGACCACCAAGACCGUCUCCAACUACCGCGCCAUCAACUCCAAGACCAACGAGAGUGACGUGAUUGAGGAGAUUGCCACGGCGGAUGUCGUCACCUGUGCUGUCGGUCCUCGUGUCCUCAAGUUCAUCGCUCCCCUGAUUGCCAAGGGUAUCGACGCUCGUACCGUGUCGAAACCCGUCGCGGUCAUCGCCUGCGAGAACGCCAUUGGUGCCACUGACACCCUCCACGGCUUCAUCAAAGACAGCACCGAUCCUGAGCGUGUCAAGACUCUCUACUCACGUGCCCAGUUUGCCAACUCUGCCAUCGACCGCAUCGUGCCUAACCAGCCCCCCGACGCUGGCCUCAACGUCCGUAUCGAGAAGUUCUACGAGUGGGUCGUCGAGCAGACUCCGUUCGGUGAUGUCGGCCACCCGGACAUCCCCGCCAUUCACUGGGUCGACCAUCUUGAGCCGUAUAUCGAGCGGAAGCUGUACACCGUCAACACCGGACACGCUACUACCGCCUAUUACGGCUACCAGGCAGGCAAGAAGACAAUUGCUGAGGCCCUUGCUGACAAGAACAUUCGCGAUACUGUCCACCGCGUUCUAGAAGAGACGGCCUCCCUCAUCAUUGCCAAGCAUGAGAUCUCCGAGAGAGCGCAGAAGGAUUACGUCGACGUUAUCGUACGUCGUAUUUCCAACCCGUACUUGGAGGAUACUGUCGAGCGUGUUGGUCGUGCCCCUGUGCGCAAGGUUUCUCGUCAGGAGCGUUUCAUCGGACCUGCUGCGCAGCUCGCUGAACGCGGAAUGAAGUGUGAUUCCUUGUUGGCUGCAGUCGAGAUGGCCCUCCGCUUCCAGAACGUGCCUGGUGAUGAUGAGAGCGUGGAACUCGCCAAGAUCCUCAAGGAACACCCAGCUACCGAUGCCACAGCCAAACUCACCGGACUGGAGAAGAAUCAUCCAUUGUUCCCGCGUGUCGUGCAGGUGGUGGAAAAGGUUCAGAGGGAUACAAAAGGGAACGAACAUGAACGAAAUGGCUCCAACGCUCGCAACGCGUCAGGCUUACCCGCAGGACGGGGCCUGUUCAGGAGAGCAUUCUCAGCGAAGUUAUGACGGCGCGAAGGGACUCGGGUAUACAUGGGCAUUAGGUUGCAUCGAUAGGCUACAGGUUAUGGGCAUGCUUUCGGCGCAAAGCUAGUAAUACAAUACAGGUUAUGGUUGCC